UGCCUGACAUAGUCAUACAUAACAUAUUACCUGUAAAAUUGAUAAUCAUACUUCGAAAACCUGCACAUAGUGAAAGAUGGAAAUCAAAGCAACAGAAUAUUAUAAACAUCGAUUCAGCCAUGGAAUUUGGAAUUGCCAUUAUAUGGACCAGUAUGUAUUGUUUUAGAUUAUAAAAGACAAAAGACUGGUUUUAUUUUUUCGAUCCUCUUGGCUUGUAUCGCUAUUGUUUUCAACAUAACUGGGAUACUAUUUGUCUAAUAACGAACUCAGAUGACUGUAUUCAUAUGUCUAUACAAAAUCGUCCGGAAGGGAUUUCCGGAUAUACGGGGUCCGAGUAAACGGGGUUCGACUGUAUAUGCUUUUGUAUUUGCUUUCCGCAUUACUUAUGUAAAUAUACCUAGGCAUGCGUGACAUUAUUGUCCUGUACGCUCCUGCAGAGAACUAUAUCAAUGGCAUGAAUCACCGACCUCGAUCGUCAGUUGACAGACAGCUAGUACAUAUUUCCAUUGUGAUUUGUAUGGAAGCGGCCAUCAGUGACCUCUAAUGGUUCAUAUUAGGUUUCAAGAGGCACUCUACAACUCUGUUUUGAUAAUAGCAACUGGUCUCUACAACAAGACGUACUUACAGCGGUAUUUUCCACAGGCUCAAAUGUCUCGAUAUGUGGAGACCAGGGGGGAGAUGCCCCCUCACCAUGAACAGUGCAUCAAGAGAAACUGGGCGUAUAUCAAGGCUGAAAUAGAUGUAAUGUUCCUGGUGAACUCCCUCGUAGCGACGAGAACCCUGUAUGUGGAGGAUGUGGACAGUGUCCUCAGUUGUAAAACAAAAGAGGACAGGAAUCAUUGUUUUUUAGAAAUUCUGCUUCAGCGAGGGAAGGGAGCCUUUGACGGCUUCAUUGCCGCUUUGGACACCUGCGAAUACUACAACGUUUCACAGAAAUUGAAAGAGGAUUGCAAAGAGAAAGCAUGCAUUCAAGAUAACUGAAGCUUCUUCUCAUGUUCCAACUUUUCUUUGUGUACUACUGUUUGAGUACAUACUUUUCUGAUAGAUAUUUCAUUUGUAUUCGGUGAAAUGAACUGUACUAAUUUGCUAAUAAAAAUAUUGAUAUCCUU